UCCGCCUCCCCCGCAGACAGCAGCCGCUCGCCUCCCCUCCACCCGCUCGCUUUUCGUCCUCCGCCUUGCCUCCACCUCCCCAGCCUCCUUCCCUCCGGCCGGCCACCGCGCCUCCUUCCCUCUUCCUCCUCCCCGGCGUCGAGCGGAUCCGGGCCGGCGCGUCGCUCUCCUCUCCCACGCCGGCGCGCGCGGAUCCGGCGAGGAGGCGCGCGGAUCCAGCCCGGCGGCUCGCGAAUCCGGCUCGGCCACGCGCGGAUCCGGCCAGGCGGCUCACGAAUCCGGCGAAGCCACGCGGAUCCGGCGAGGAGGCGCGUGGAUCUGACCCGGCGGCGCGCUGUCAUCCUCCACCGGCUCCAAGACGUGGCCGCCUGCUCCUCCGUCCAAGUCCGGCAUCGCGCGCGAGGAAGAGGUGGUUGUCCACGUGGAGGAAUAGGGUAUCCACUGCAAGACGCCAUAUCUGAGGUUCGAGCUCGUCUUGGGCCCGAUACAGUUGGUCAUACAGUCACCGCUGCAGGGAUAUUUUACUGUAAAUGGCGAUGCAUCCAGUUUGCAGUCCGCGAGUGCAGAUAGCCUAAAACUCCUAACAAACGCCACCACAGUUGUGCAACCUGUAGCCUGUAGAGGUUGAAUUGAAUCGCGUCGCGUCGGAUCGUGCCCGUCACGUUGUCUGGUCUCCACUACGUCGCUUGGGGCCCGCGGGGGGAGAAUUAAAGUCUCCUUAUCCUCUCCGCCACCGGCGCCUGUCAUCGCUGAUCGUCGGAUCCAAACCAUCCCACCUCGCCGUCCGGCGUCCGCUCUGCCUUGCGCCGCGGUCCGUUCCCCCUUGUCCGAAUCCGCCUCGGCGUGUCCGCCCUCCCUCUCCCCUCCCCUCCCCUCCCCUCCCCUCCCCUCGUGUCGUGUGCGCUCUCCUUUAGUCCUUUUGGUGUGCUCUUGGUAUCUGUGCUCGCCUCUCCUCGUCUUCCUUCCUUCCUUUCCGUCCCCACCGCCCCUGCGACUCCCCGCGUGCAGCGUGCGCGCUCAUUCGCCCGCCGCUCCCUGCUCGUACGACCCGCUCUUGUCUGUCUGUCUGACGCCACGCGAGAGCAGUGCCCCGAUGUCGUCGGCGGUGGAGCCCGUCUCCUGCUCCAAGGUCGACGUCCCCGCCGCCGGCCCGGAUCCGGAGGACGCAGCGGCGCCCGCGGGGCACGGCGAGGCGGCUCCGUGUUGCCACGAGGAGGAGGAGGAGGAGGAGGAGGAGAAGGCCCCCCAGGCCAUCGACCUCGGCCCCAUGGUCAGCAUCAAGGAGCAGCUCGAGAAGGACAAGGACGACGAGAGCCUGCGGCGAUGGAAGGAGCAGCUCCUCGGCGGCGUGGACUUGAAUUCCGUGGGAGAGACGCUGGAGCCGGACGUGAGGAUAACGAGCCUGUCCAUCCUGUCGCCCGGGCGGCGCGACAUCGUCCUGCCGCUGCCGGUGGACGCCACCAAGGGCGUGUGGUUCACGCUCAAGGAAGGCUCCCCGUACCGGCUCAAGUUCACCUUCUCCGUCAGCAGCAACAUCGUCUCCGGCCUGCGCUACACCAACACCGUCUGGAAGACAGGCCUCAAAGUUGACAGAGCCAAGGAGAUGCUCGGCACGUUCAGCCCCCAGCCGGAGCCCUACACGUACGUGACGCCGGAGGACACCACCCCGUCGGGAAUGUUCGCCCGGGGGUCCUACUCCGCCAGGACGAAGUUCCUCGACGACGACCGGAAGUGCUACCUGGAGAUCAACUACGCCUUCGACAUCCGCCGGGAGUGGCCGUCGGCGAGCUGACCGAUCGGCCUUCGCCGGGGCGCCGGAGCAGAUCGAUAAUCGUUUCGCUGCUCUGUGUCUUCGCUUCUCUGUGUUGGCUCGUCUUGUCCUGUCCUGUUCUAUGCCUAGGUUUCGUUCACCAUGUUGCUGCGCGCGCGCGCGUGUGUGUGUGAAUACACCCCCGUUCCACGUGACAAUUGAAUGCUUUGUUGAGCUUUUGUCAGGCUCUCGUUUUUUUCU